AUGAAUGCUUUACAGGAGGGAAUAGCGACGAAAUGGUUUGCGAAUGAAGCUGAGCCAGCUAUGGCUAGGUGCGAUCGGGUGAAACGUCGACGACGAGACCAACUAACAAAUUGCUCCGAACAGGGUGGUAGCCGGGGCGGGAACACACGAAGAGAUGUACGGGGAGCGCAUCCUGGAGUUGCUACACGACGCGGGAACGGGAAAUUCAAUGUCACGGUCGGCGUUAUCUACACAGGACAAGGAACAUAG